AUAUUCACAUGGCGGCCAUUUUCCUCUCACAAGAAGUUCGAUGUCAAAUGUUGUGCUGCUGUGUUCCUGGUUGCAAGUUGUGUACACACAGGGGAUCUGACAGGUUAUCAUUCAACUGCCUCCUGAUUGAUCAGUCGCUUAAAAGACAACUGUUGAUCAAAAUCUGGAGGGACAUCCAGCCAUAUUUCAAGGUAAAAAAACCCCCCUCAUAAUCAAUAAUGCAGUAGCUAUUGUUAGACAACAGCUAACGUUAGCACUGAAGCGCUCCCUAGCUAACAUGACAAUAAUAUUGUAACAUACUAUACUAUAAUCAAUUACUAAAUUACAACACACAUCUUUGACACAUUUAUCUAAGCCUGGCAGUUAAAACACACUGUUUGUAAUCAAUGGUAAUGUUAGCGAGGAAGCGGUUUAAUGCUAACGUUAGCUAAUGGGUUAGCAAACAUGUUGUUUCAGCUUGAAAUAUGACUCAGUGUCCCUCCAGAUUUUCACUAUCAAUCCUCUUUUGUUGCUGAUCAAUCAGGAACAGGUGAUUGUCAGAUUCUCUACGUUUAGGUGAGCGGCAACAUGGAACACAGCAGCAUAACGUUAUCCUUGCGUUGAGCGCGAAGAUGAGAUAAAAUGGCCGCCGCGUAAAGAAAUCAGUCAAGUAAAAUUAAGCUACAUAUUUGCUUGUUUUGAAGAAAAAUGGUACAACAUUAUCAGAUUAUUUUAUAGCGACACAUGGACAUGUAGGGCGACUUUUCCAAGUGGAGUGUCUAAACAGAGGUGCAGUGUCAGUCAGCUGUGUCAGUCUGUGACUUGUGGACGCUGAUGGCAGCUGAUGCUCUCCUCCCUCCUCCCGUCUGAUCUGAUCUGGGACCUGUCAGUCGCUCCUCUCCUCGUCCAGAUCACAGGAUGGACAAACGCGGUGGAUAAUUUCUGAUGGGAAUAUACAGAAGCGAUCAGAGGGGAACUGCUCGUUUGGUCGGAUCACGAAACUCAGCGUGAAGAAGCUUCAGAACAGGCCAGCAGAGCCGGACACGACAACAUGGCAAAAGUCUGCAGUGAAAAGACGUUUUUAACCAGACAGCGGUUGUCCACAAACACACCCGAUGAGGAGCUGGCUGUCAUUGAAAAUGGGGACAGCAGGGUUCACUCUCUUUGUGGGGACAACUGUGAGACGGCGCUGUCCUCAGAGACCCACAGAGGCUCAUUUACAGGUGCUGGGGCCAUGGCCAGGCUCUCUUAUUUCUUCUUCAUGCUGUGGAACUGGGCGUCUCACAGAGAGAACCGCCAAACAGAGAGACACGACUCUUUCCUCGAGCGCUUCAGAGGCCCCGAGCUCAAAGACGUCUCCAGUCGAGAGAGCAAUGCCCAGUCCGUGGGCCUCAACGACACGGUCCGAAAGAGAAAUCAAAUAGAUAAGUGGCCGCUAGCUGCUUACAACAUGAAUAACUGCAACAACACAGACGACAAAAAAGAGGAAAUCAAAAAAGAAGAGAAGAAGGAGGAGAAGAAAGAUGAGGAGAAGAAAGACGAGGAGAAGAAAGACGGGGACAAGAAGGAGGAGGAGAAGAAGGACGAGAAGAAGGACGAGAAGAAAGACGAGAAGAAAGACGAGAAGAAAGAUGAUAAGAAGGAUGAUAAGAAAGAUGAUAAAAAGAAAGAGGAGCCACCGAAGGAAAUCUGGAUUAUGGAUCCAGCCGCGGAUCAGUACUACAGAUGGCUGACCGUCAUCGCAGGCCCGGUGUUUUAUAACCUGAUGAUGAUUGUAACGAGAUCCUGUUUUAACGAACUCCAAGACACGUAUACAAAACUGUGGAUAGUCUUGGACUACACCUCGGACUUGAUCUACUACGCAGACACAUUUGUCAGAUCGAGAACAGGUUAUCUGGAACAAGGUCUGCUGGUGAAAGAUGCUGGAAAACUGAGGAGUAAAUACAGAACGACGUCGCAGUUCAAAUACGACAUGAUCUCGAUGAUACCCACCGAUCUGCUGUUUUUGAAAUUCGGAUUAAACAACCCGGAGUUCAGAUUUAACCGUCUUUGCAAAAUCUCGAGGCUCUUUGAGUUCUUCGAGCGGACUGAAACCAGAACCAGCUUCCCCAACAUGUUCCGUAUCAGCAAUCUCGUGCUUUACAUCCUCAUUAUUAUUCACUGGAAUGCUUGUAUGUUCUUUGCCAUUUCGAAGACCAUCGGUUUUGGAACUGACACGUGGGUUUAUCCCAACAUCAGCCACCCGGAGCACGGCCGCUUGGCCAGAAAGUACAUCUACUCCCUGUAUUGGUCCACACUGACCCUCACCACCAUCGGAGAGACGCCUCCACCAGUCAGGGAUAUUGAAUUCCUCUUUGUCAUUUCCGACUUCCUCACUGGUGUGCUGAUCUUUGCUAGUAUUGUCGGUAACGUCGGUGCCAUGAUCUCCAACAUGAACGCCUCGCGUGCAGAGUUCCAGGCGAAGAUCGACUCCAUCAAGCAGUACAUGCAGUUUCGAAAGGUCACCAAAGACCUGGAGGCCAGAGUCAUCAAGUGGUUCGACUACCUGUGGACCGAGAAGAAGACCUGCGACGAGAAGGAAGUGUUGAAGAACCUUCCGGACAAGCUCAGGGCUGAGAUCGCCAUCAACGUCCAUUUGGAUACGCUGAAAAAAGUGCGUAUCUUCCAAGAUUGUGAAGCCGGACUGCUGAUUGAGUUGGUGCUAAAGCUGCAGCCGCAAGUGUUCAGUCCUGGAGAUUACAUCUGUAAGAAGGGGGAUAUUGGCAGGGAGAUGUACAUCAUCAAGGAGGGUAAGCUAGCUGUGGUGGCUGAUGAUGGAGUCACUCAGUUUGUGGUGCUCAGCGACGGCGCAUACUUUGGGGAAAUCAGUAUCUUGGGUAUCAAGGGCAGUAAAGCAGGCAACAGGCGAACAGCCAACAUCAGAAGCGUGGGCUACUCUGAUCUCUUCGCCCUGUCCAAGGACGACUUGAUGGAAGCUCUCACUGAGUACCCGGAUGCCAAAAAAGCUCUGGAGGAGAAGGGGAAAGCCAUCCUGAUGAAGGACAACCUGAUCGACGAAGCGAUCGCCAACGCCGGCGCCGACCCCAAAGACGUAGAGGAGAAGAUCGUCAAACUGCAGGGCAACCUGGAUGGCAUGCAGGUCCAGUUCGCCAAGCUGAUGGCGGAGCUGACCUCCAGCCAGACGAGGAUGAAGCAGAGAGUCACAGAGAUGGAGGCCAAAGUAAAAUCCAUGCGACCCGAGGACCUGACAGAAGUGGUGGCCGACAAGGACAAAAAAGUGCAGUAACGUAAGAGAUGGACUUUACAGGAAACGAAGGUAUAUUAGACUGACACUUUUUAAAGGCCCAUGUUUAUAUCUAUUUAUACAUCCGUUUAUUAUCAUCAUAAUGUGUCAAAAUGUGUACAGUGUGUGCAGCAAAUACUUUUGUCCGACUUCAUGCUGUCAUGGAUCUACUUGAGUGUGUUGAUCAGAGGCACUCGUGUACGCACAGGAAUGGCUUUUCUUAGCCUUAGAAUAAUCAGGAUCAGUACUGACAUUUUCCGCUAAUAUAAUAUUGAUCUGUCUGUAUAUAUCCAUUUGAUACCGUAUGUGAAUGUAUAAAAUACACCCAAAUGCAGUUCUGUUAAUAAGUUAUCAGCAUACACUAUCAGUUGUAAAUGUGAUCUGUGAAUAAAGAUUAAAAUGUUCU